AUGGGACCCCAAGUUUUCAUUUGUUUACUGUUUACGUUGACAACAAGGGUACUUUCAUCAACGAUCAGCCAACCAUUGCCUUUCAACAAAGAUGACUUCAAACCUUUCGUACCUCCUCGAACUUCGCUCGGCCCAUACAUUGCUCCUUGCAGCUCGUGGGUGUGGCUGACCCCUGGCUUAACCGUGACCUUCAGGUCACCUAAAUACCCUUCGAAAUACACGUCGGGAGACAAAUGCAACUGGGUCUUCUUUGUGAGUGAGACGAAAUACUAUUGCGGAGCCGAAGGUCCCCAGAAACUCCCCUCGAGGAACUCCUGGGCUUAUGUCGUAUUCCGUCCGGCGCUCUUCUCCACUGAUUUGGACUACGCGGGAUUCACCUGUGCCGCUACAGGCGUUGCGCCUGCGCCUACCAGUACUACUACGCCUACCACUACUUCAACAACUACCACAACUAUUACUAUGCCUCUGACUACUUCAUCGUCUGCCACAACUACGUAUACACCUACCAGUACUUCAGCACCUACCACAACUACUACUAUGCCUACCACUCCAACAACUACCACAACUGCUCCUCUGCCUCUGCCCACUUCUUCGUUUACCUCAACUACGUAUACACCUACCAGUACUUCAUUUACCACAACUACUAAUAGGCCUACCACUACUUCAAUAACAGCCAAACCUACUACAACCAUCACACCUACAAGUACCUCAUCAACUACCACAACUACUACCACACCUAACACUACUUCAAGAACUACCACACCUGCCACUACGUCAACAUCUCCUACACUUACCACUACUUCAGCAUCUACCAUAACUACUACUAUGCCUACCACUACUUUCACACCUACGACAACUACUACCACACCUACCACCACUGCAACAAUGAAACCUUCUGCAACAGCCACUAGUUCAUUAACGACACCUACUUCAACUACACGUGCAAUAACAACUACCUCAUCAACCACUACACCUACCACUACUUCCAUAGCUUCUCCCACUACUCUAACGACUAUGCCUUCAACUGUCACUACACCUGCCACUAUUUCAGCAACUGCUACACCUACCACUACUUCAUCAACCACCCGUACCACAAAAACUACCACACCUACCACUACCUCAAUGUCAACACCCACAGCCAUAACCACUACAUCUACAUUUACCACAACAACCCCUACAUCUACGCCUACCACUACCACUACUUUAGUGACCACACCUACCACAACAACCACUACGUCUGCCAGUACUUCAACAAAUACACCAACCACUAUGUCUACCAGUACUUUAACAAACACACCAACCACAAAAUCCACUGCUCCUACAUCUACCAGUACUUCAACAAACACACCUACCACAACAACCACUACAUCUACCAGUACUUCAACAAACACACCAACUACAACAACCACUGCACCUACACCUACCAGAGCUUCAACAAACACACCUACCACAACAACCACUGCACCUGUUUCCUCUUCAAUAAUGUCUACACCCAUCACAGCAACCACAUUGCCUACCACCACUUCAGCCAUUUCUAAUGUUUAA